CUCUCCCCAGCUAGCUGCAGUCUGCAGAGGCUCCUCCACAUCGUCUACUGACUCACUCCAUCCUCCUCCCUGAGCUCGCCCAAGAUUUCCCUCAAUCCUGCCUCUUCUUGACCAGUCCAGUCCAGUCCAGCAACGGUGGAGUGCCCCCAAGAGAGCGCCGGCAUGAGUGUGACCCCUGUCGCGCACGUUGAAAUUCAGGAAUGGAGGAGGAAGAAGACGCCUUGGUCGUCUAGGCCGCAGUCGAAUGCCCAAACCGAGUUCCGCGGCGUGUACCGGCUACCGAGCGGCUCGUACGCGGCGUCGAUCUGGGUUCCUUCUGACCGGACCCAGGUGUGGCUCGGCACCUUCGCCAAAGUGGAAGACGCCGCCAGGGUGUACGCCUUCGCCAAAGCAUACGGCGCCGCCGCCGCCGUCAAGCUGCCCGGCGCGGGGAAGAACAAGAACAGGUCCAAGUUUCGCGGCGUGCGGCGGAGAAGCAACGGGAGGUACGGGGCGGCGAUCAGGGAGUCCAAGGGGCCGGCCCUGACAUGGCUCGGCACUUUCGGCACCGCCGAGGAGGCCGCCAGGGCGUACGACGCCGCCGCCGUCAAGCUGCACGGCGCGAGCGCUGUCACCAACUUCAGUUUGGACAGCGUCGUCAUCCCAGGUACGCAACAGCAGGAUCUCUCGAUGGCGGAGGGGCAGCAGGUCGACGAGUUGCUCAAGGACAUGGACUCCAGCGAUGUUCAGGACAAUGAGGCGCUGAUUGAAGCAGCUACAAUUCUUCACCAGAUUGCGCUGGCUGGCCACGGAAAUGGUGCGAGAGCUGGGAUGUUGAGCAUUCCUCACCCUUAGGCUGAUUGUCCUUUUUGACUUGGUAGAAGAAUGUUGCGGCAGCCCUCCUGUUGUAAUAGUUCUAGAUUAUUUUGGUACAUUGUCCUUUUUAUCUUUAUUAUGUAUUAAGAAAUUCUGAGAGUCUAA